UCAGCUGUUUGGCUAAAAAGUUUUUUACUGGUUUUGUUUAUUUCGAUUAAAAUGUAGUUUCUUGUUAAUUAGUUAGAGUUACUUUGAAGUAACACCAAAAGAAAGCAUCAGAAAGGAGGCUUGCAAAAAAAUUGCUCUGCAAUGGACUCGGAAUGCGAAGGCGCUGCAGCGUUGGCAGAUGACUCCGGCCAUUUUAGCUGCAUUAGCGACGAUGGACGAGGUGAUCACGUCCAGAAACCAGAGUCUGAACGUGAGCAAUCGAUGUUUCUGGUGCGGCAGGAACUCCUUCGGUCUCGCAGCGAGGUGGAGAGACUCUUAAAAUCUGAACAGUGGUACAAGCAGGAGCUUAAGUCACAAAAGCAUAGCAGACUUGAGACUCUGGAACGAUUGUAUGCCCAGGAGCGGAAAUAUCUUAUGGAGAACCAAACGCUUCAGCAGGAAUCAAUGCGCUUGAAAGCAAAGUGCGCCGCACUAGAGAAGCAGCAGGAGCAAGGAUCCCCAAAAUCCCAUAGCGCAUCUUCAUUUAGUGCAGAUUCAGAAUUUCCCGAUUCAUCCUUUGAGGCCAAACAGCAGGAGGCUCGUCUCCGAGACCAACGUCAGUUGAUAGAAGUGCUUCGCAAACAAAAGAAGAUGCUUCUGGACGACAUUCAGAGACUUAGCCUGGAACACGACGACAAGCUUUCGCAGUUGCAGCAAACUUUGGCAGGCAUGGAGCUGGAGAGCAAGCACAUGACCGGAAAAUGCAAGCAAUUACUCGACGUGAAGAGCCAAAUGGAGCACCAGUUGGAGCUGAGAAGCACUGCCUUGCGCAGUGUCACCGCCGAGCGUGAGCAGCUUCGCCAAGUCAUAGCAGAGCUAAAUGAGACUCUACAGACCCAGGAACAACUUUUAGCGAUAAAAGAACAGGAGUUUCUCGAUCUAAAACAUUACUACCAAGAAAAGUUGACUCGGGAAAGCAGCAUGGAAAUUAUGCAUUCUUAUAGCCUGAAAUUUCACGAAGAGAUUAACAGCAAGACAAGUGAAAUUGCAAGCUUAAAAAAUUCCCUUAAUGAGCUUCAGUUGGAGUUGAUGAUGAUGUCUCAGUUGAAGGAACAAAGCGAGGAGCAGCAGCGCCAGCUGGAGCAAUUGGAGUUUACAUUACAGACACAACGUUUGGAGGAGGAACAACUUCGCCAAAGCGAUGCUCUCAAAUUGGAGCAGGUGGAGAAUUUAACCCUUUCUUUGGCUUCCUUGCAAACUGAAAAGGGAGAUCUAAAGGAAAAUUUGAAAGAGGCGCAAAGUACUCUUAGAAAAUUAGAGCAGAAGGUCCACACUCUUCACGGACAGUACGCCGAGAUUUGUUCCAAGUGUGAAGAGACCAAGCUGCAAUUAGAAAUUGAAAAAAUCGAGAUCAUAAAAUUAAAACAGCAAAGCUCUCUUAAGGAAAGUGAGUUAAUGGAGAAACUCAAAAAUUAUGCAGGCCAAUGUGAUAGUCUUAGAAAAGCGUUAGUCGAAGCGGAGUCUCGAAUAGAAGCUCAAAGCAAGAAUGAAGAGAUCUUUAAAGAGCAGCUAAGAACAAUUGAAAUAUCGACACGACGAAAGACUAUACAGUGCCAAGCGACUCAAACGGACCAGGAGGAUCCGAUUCUAGUCCAACGCAUAGAGACUUUGGAAUUGCAAUUAGCUGACGUCAAGAAUCAAAGAAAGCAAACCGUUUCUCUGCUCCAAAAAUUGCUUCAGCAGCAAGAUGCCAAAAUAAAGAGCACAAACGAAAUGGAAGCAGACUGGCUACAACUGUUAGAUGCCUUGCAAGCCACUCAACACUUGGAGCAGGAAAUGCGAGUGGAGCUUCAGCAUAAGACCAUUGAAUUGGAAAAACUAAAUGAACUGUUUGCUGGCCAAAAUGAUGAAUUGCAGAAGCUUCAGAAAAUGAGUUUGGCCAAGGAUGAGGAGAAUCGACUGGAGUUACAGCUGCUAAAAGAAACAUUCCAAGAGAAUCUGGAGAUACAUUCCGCUGAUUCGAUAAACUUACAAAGGCUACAAAGCCAGGUUAAAUCCUUGCUCGAAGAGCGAGAGGAAAGUACGCGAGAAGAACGCAAGGCUGUGGACUGCUUGCGAUCUCUCGGUCAAGUUCUCGAAAUGGAAACGGGGAGGAGGCUUCCACACAUAAAAAGCUGGCCACAGUUGUCCAAACUUUUGCGAAAGGAACUGCGGAAUGGGAGAGUGAACAACCGAAAGGCUGAAGAGUUGCCGGGGCUCAAAAUGAAACUGGCGGAUAUUAACGGAAGACAUGAAAAAGCUCUGUCCAAAAUAAAGUAUCUGGAGCGAACCUUAACAGCGGAGCGAGCCCGCUUUGAGGCAUCCGAUUCGGGAAAAUCGACUGCCAGCAACACGCCUCAAGAGCCCGCCCAUGAGGUGGCUAAUCUGAUCGAUGACUACAAAAAGCUCGUCCAACAAACCGCCAAUGAGACAUGCCGCCCACGCAACAGCUUCAUCUUGGAGCUGAUUGAGCGGAGUCAGCGAUGCCAACCGAAUUUGUGCCAAUUAAGCGAGGAUGUUACCGCCUGUCAGUCAGAUAUGGAGGAACUGAGUAGGCUGCUCAGUGCUAGUCGGGAUCAGAGGAGAAUAGAGGUCAUGCCCUCCUUAAUGGAGGAACUGCGAGCGGUGGCAGAGCACUCUUAGAGCAGACUUAUACAAUAAUUUUCUAACUUUCACAAAUUUUUCAUGAAGUACUUAAUUCUUUGUCUUUAUUUCUUUUGUUUAUAGAAGGUGCAAUUAUAAUUUAUUUGUAUUUAACCUAGUCUUACGGUCCUAAAGUCUUACCAGAUUCUAUUUAGCUUAAUUUAGAAAAAUAUUUAUUUUGUUGUUUUCCACUUUUGUUACCUUUAUUUGUAUGUAAAUCAAUCUCGUUAUUAAUUUAAUUUCCCAAAGUUCUUUAAGAAUACUUUACGCCAUGCUAUACAACUACUUUUUCUAACAUAUAGAAUACAAAAACCAUUUUUGGUUGUCACAAAAUAUGCAUAUUUAUCUUUGUAGUCGAUAACAUAUUUAAGUCAGCUACCAUGUGUAGAAUAAAAUAUAUUUGUGUUAAAUUGAGAUAAA